GCCCUCAUUUUGUGAUUGGACGGCUCGUAGGGAAAGGUUAAUCUGUAACAUGAAAUAGUCAGAACCGGAGGGGUCUCUGAAUCAUCCGGAGUGGGCAGCUUUAGGAGCGUCUGUGUCUGAGGUCAUGCAGUCUGUAAGGAAUCUGUGCCGUGGUCCCUGGUCCUCCCCUGCUCGGCUUGAUGGCAAAACCGUAAUUAUAACAGGGGCCAAUACUGGCAUUGGGAAGGAAACUGCGAGGGACCUCGCAAAGAGAGGUGCUCGUAUCAUCAUGGCCUGUCGAGACAUGGAGAAAGGAGGGGAAGCUAUGGAUGAGAUUAUGCAAGACUCCGGAUCUAAAGAUAUUGUUCUUCGCAAAUUGGAUCUGUCUGACACCAAGUCUAUCAGGGAAUUUGCAGAAUUAAUUAAUAAAGAAGAGAAACGGGUCGACAUUCUUAUCAACAAUGCUGGAAUUAUGAUGUGUCCGUAUUCCAAGACUGUAGAUGGUUUUGAGAUGCAGUUUGGUGUUAACCACUUGGGUCACUUCCUGCUUACCCACCUUCUGAUCGAUCUGAUAAAAAAGUCCGCUCCAGCCAGAAUCAUCAAUGUCUCAUCGAUGGCUCACACGUGGGGCCCCAUCAGACUGGAUGACAUCAACCAUGAGAAGAGCUAUAACUCCAAAGAGGCGUACGGACAGAGCAAGCUGGCCAACAUCCUCUGUACUCGCCUUCUGGCCAAGAAAUUAGAAGGCACUGGUGUGACUACAUAUGCCCUACAUCCUGGAGUGGUGCAGUCGGAACUGUGGAGGCACCUCAGUUCUCCCCUACAGCUGGGCGUGAAGAUGACCAAGCUCCUCAUGAAGACAUCUGUGCAGGGUGCCCAGACCUCCAUUUACUGUGCUGUUGCCCCAGAACUAGAGGAAAAAACUGGAGGAUACUACAGUGACUGUGCCCCAGCAAGAUGCUCGCAUGCUGCCAGAGAUGAUGAAAUGGCGCAGAAGCUCUGGGAACUUAGCUGCCAAAUGCUUGGAAUAACGUGGAACUGAGUGAUGGUGACCGUUUCUCUCUACCCUGUUUUUCUAUUUGUGACCCAGCUGACAGGUAAAAACUACUAGCUGAAAAAAAAUUAAUAGUUGAAUUCCUUAACGGUAAUCCCUUAUUAAACUAGUUAUAAAAAUCUGAGUAUAUGUGCCAUUACGUUGAAGAUACCUUUGCAGAAUGCGGUUUUCCAUAAAAGUUUGGUGUAAAGUGCUCUGGAAGACGUGCUUGCUGUUUGGCCUCUUCAUAAGAGGAAACCAAUUAAAAUAACAUGCUGGAAAUUUUUAAGUUGAUUCUACAAUUACAUACAUAAUUGGCCCAUUUUAAGAUUGAUUUGACAGGCUGCAUCAGCUCUGCAACUAGUGUUUAGCUCUUCAAUGAAUCUAAAAUCAUAACAUCUUAAAAUUACUUAGCAAGAACUCAGUUGUAAUUAUUUGAUGUUAAAAACUCCAUGGUGAAUGUGAAACGGUGCCUCCAUUCAAUGUGAACUUUCCUGUAUUUGAAGGGCAGUUGAGAAAUAAAUAUCAAUAUGUGUGGGAUGACAGGACUGGGAAACAAACAGAAACUCUUAACAUUUCCCAAGUGUAUCUUCUAAAGGUUAACUGUGCGCUCAGUGCUUCGUCCUAAUUAGUCAUUCAGCCAUGUUUGUUGAUCUGCAUGUCACUAAACAGGCCCCAUUGUAGCGGUCACGCUCUACAUCGUCCAUUGCCAUUCUGAGUGGGAAAAACCUUUUUUUCUUUCUUUCUUUCUUUUGUGCUCAUGUCCUCAUCAGUCAGUGCAGUGUGCAUGUUUUAUUAUUAUUAUUAUUAUUAUUAUUAUUAUUUUUAUAUAAGAUGCACCACAUUUUGAAGAGCGAAUUUCCAAAAAACAGUCCAUGCAUGCCUGUACCUACCACUGAGGACACCGAGGUCAAGUCCUCAGUAUUUUUUAAGCAGCUCCAAUAACCAUGAUUCAUUACAGGGCACACCUAGGAAGGGCCAACAAUUUUGACCUCAGUGUUCUAAAAAUCCACCAGAUACAUUAUUCAGAAAAUUUCUGUGGACUUGGUGAGUUUUGGAUUUUUUUUUUUUUUUUUUUAUAAAUUCCAGCCUGGCUCUUCCCUGCUUCUCAGUAAUGAAGGGCUUCUUAGUUGCUUUAUGUGACAUCAGCUCUGCGACUAGAAGCCUGAUACAAACUGUUCUAGCAGUGCACUUCACACCUGCACUUAAUGUUUCCCAUUCGGUAUGAACGCCACUUGAUGUCAUCCCCCGAUUCAUGAGGCACUGCUGGAUAAGUUGACUGUCAUGUCUGGCAUUAGAAAGUUGCUUCUGCCCUUUACCUGGCUGGUUUUUGAUCGUUCCCAGUGUCUCCUGCUUCACAUUGUUCUUGUGUGCUGCUGUCUUAGAAAUUUUGAAUCUGGAAGCAACCUGCCGCUCAGUGUAGCCUUCCAGCAGAACCAGGAUUUAACAAUAAAUAUUCUAAAAAAACUGCCUACAUGCUGCAUGAAAUUAGCUUUUGUCCAUCUGGACAUUGAGUUAAAUAUUUUUGUAUAAUUUUAAAUAUAUUUAAAAUAUUAAUAUACCAAACUUUUACGGAAAGUCGCAUUCUGCAGAUAUUGCUGUAGAAUUUUACAUGUUCAUCCCUAUAUAUUUUUAAAACUAGCACAUUUGGGUACCUCAGGUAACUGAUAGUUUAUGACUGAUUAGGAUUUUUUCCUAAUGGAAAAAAUCCAUUUAUAAAUAAAGCAGAAAAGCUUUUCUGUGUACAUUACCUUGACAUUGGAUUAUUUUAGUAUAUUGCUGUCUGUGUCUUCCUCUAGCUGCCUGUCAAAGGUACACAUCUUGCACUAGGAUAUCUUAAGUAUUACAAUUUUUUCGCAGAUGCUUAGAUGUGCUAAUUAUACUGCCAAUGAAUUAGGCAAUUCUAAACGCGACACAAGCAGAAUCGCAAAUAUUUUUGCACAACAAUCAAUGAUUUCCUCAUUGGGUGUACAGUGUCAAUCAAAAGUUUGGACACACCUGCUGUUACUGGAUUUGUCUCUAUAUUAGCUAUGUUACUUGCCUUACAGUGAAUGGCCUCGAGGUAAUGACCAAAUACAUACAUUGUAAGGACUAGAAGUGGGCAACAUCUCAAACUUUAAACUCUUCAGAAGAGCUUGCUUUUGCUUCAGUGACAGCAUUGCUGACACUUGGCAUUCUUUUAAACAGCUUCUAGAUGUAGCCACCUAGAACGCUUCUUCAGUGUUGCUGAAGGAGGUUCCUCAAAUGCUGGGCACAAAUUGGCAACCUUGCUCUUACUGUUUGAUCCAACUCAUCUCAAACCAGCUCUAUAGGGUUUAGGUGGGGAGAUUCUGGUGGCCAGAUCAUCUGCGGCAGCACUCCAUCGACAUAACCUCAAGGCGCAUUUAGGCUCCUUAUCUUCUUGAAAAUCAAAUGAUUUUCAGUAGGUGUAUGCAGAACUUUGACUGUUCCUGCACAUCAAUCUCCAAUGCUACAGACCUUUUUCAAAACAUUAGACGUGCUAACACGAAAAUCAAAUGGAAGUGUCACAUCAAGUGAAUCACUAUAAAAUGUCGUCAGCAGGUCAUGUCUCAAAUUGGCAUAGCUUUGCAAUGAAUUAACUACUCGGUGCAAAUUUGACACUUAAGCAAUCAGCACACACCAAGUCACUUAACAUAUGGUAGGCAAGGACAGGGAAGAAGACGACAUAGUCUAAGGAGAAGACCAAGAAGAAAGGAAGGAAAUGAAACAAAGUACAACAGUCAUUAUAUUGGGGUUAUUGUUCAUAAUUUCUUGGUUUCUUAAAAUGAGUAACUGUCUUACAGUAUUCGAUUUGUACUGCAUUGCCUUCAUUAAAAUUAUUACAGUAAAGAUGUGUGUUUGCA